AUAAUCGAAGAACUUUCAAAAUUAUAGAACGUCAUGUCCGAUGUCAGUGCCGUAGUUUUGAAGAUUUUCCAAAAUUUUAUUUACAACACCUUCAGAUGUGUUGUCCGUAUUGGUUUUUUUGCUAGUAUAUAUAUUUUUAGAUGUUUGCGUUCGUAGUGAUAUUGGCGACUGUCAUAAUCGCGUUCCGCAUGUGGAACAUGAUGGACCACGGCGAGAACGACAAAGGCACCAAGGUCCUGACCAACGGGAGCGAGGGUACCUUCGUCCACUUCUGGCAUUACUUUAUUGACCAAUAUGGACUACCGUUCGGGCAUAUUUGCAUUAGUUUUUUGUAUGCUGUCUACACAAGAUUCACUUUGUUCAACGUGACAAUAUUCUUCCUGAAGUACGUUCCUACUGGGAUGUAUAUGUAUAAGUUCUUGAAGAACAUUUAUAUAACGUCACGGGAGAGAAUAAAACAGAAGCAAAUAGAGCUGGAGGACAUACAACUUCAGAUUCAAAUAGUGAACACGAAGUUAUGCGUGCGUGACGCGGAGUUCACGGAGCGCGCGGACCAGCUACGGCGUGACGUAGAGCGACUGAGGAGAGUACGGGAGCGCGUGAGGAAUAUCAUCGCGGCCGAUGAAGCCCUACGGCGAGCCUUGGACGGUGCAGCCCUAUGGGAUGGGGACCAGGAUACCAGCGUGCACACCACGCCCGAACAAGAUCGGGAAUUUAUCGUGGAAUUGCUGAAGGGUUUGAAGUACGAAAAUAUGGGGAUGCCUGAGCGUCAAUCUGAGAAGAUGGAAUGUGGGGAGCAUGCUCAGACGGAGCCCCAUACCCCAGAGACUAGCGUAUAUUCCUCGUUGAGCGAUAUGGACAUCAAGCAAGACUGCCGCGUCAAGAUCGUCAAGGUCACCAACGUGUACAAAGUCGCCUAUCUCAAGCACUUUAUCAAACAAAAGCGACUAAGACGUGCCCAUAAACAUGCGCUUUUGAAGAAAAGGAUGGAAAGCAUCAAAAAGCUGUUAGAAGACUGGCAGAAAUCGUUGAACAUGGUGAUAAACAACAAGCUGACGAUCUUGAACAUGGAUUCGCGGAUCGACGUGGCGUCUCAAGAGGCGAUGGGCGAUUAUUCUAAGCCUACGCUUCGGGAAUCCUCCGACUCGGACUCUGACCUUCGGAAUAGUGGCACCGACAUAUCUUACGACGAGUACAGUCUCAGCUGGACGCAAAACCCUUACAGAAGUUACUGUUACAAUUAUGAGCAGGAGAUUCCUGACCCGGGCAUGACUCGCGAGUACGGCGAGCCGCAGGACUUUGGCGAGAUGAAGUAUCCCCUGCAUCCAUGCGAAUGCCCUGAGCCUAGGAAGCUGUGUGUUCUGCCCGAGGAGACCACCAGCCAGGUGGCCAUCGAGGAGAUCAAGAGCGACGACGACUACGCGUGCCAAGAUCGCGUCGUAGCGUAACGCUAUUUUAUUUGUUACCGCUUUAUAAACUCUGAUCGAUUUCA